AUUUUCUCUCUCUUAACACACACACAGACACAUAGUUUCAGUGUCACUACAAUUGAAUGAUGAAUCAGAAUUCAGCAUAUCGAAGUGGUUUUGCUUCUCUAGGGGUCUGGUUUGAUGAAUCAGAAACCCGUGAUGAUCAUGCUUCUAUCUCUGGUGUCUUGCGUUUUGAUGAGAAGAGGGUAUUAAAGGGCAUGGAAAGGAAAGGUGCUUUGUACAAUAUAGGUUCCAGUAUUGCAUCUAAAAGGGAAAAUGAAAUUAACCAAGAUGUCCUUGAUCUUAAGCGAAGUCAAUUUGAAGCUGGAAAAAUUCAAGCACAAAAUGAUCUUUCCCCUCCAUGUGAAGAUUAUUUGUUAGAUAUUGAAUUUGCUGAAAGCAUCACAAAUCUGGAUUAUGGUUCAAGUAGAGGAUUGCUGGACCCUAUUUUAGAAAGUCAGAUUCCAUUAUCUAGUUGUGAUGGAACUGACACCUGUGGAAUGCCAUACUCUUCGGGAUUAGUUGUGCAAGAAUCUCAAAGUCAGAAUGCUAUGUUUGGCCUUACCAAUUCAGAGUUGCAUGACCUUUCUCGUGACAAAUGUGAAAGUCAGAUGCUAGUUGAGUACAAUGCUGUGAAAUUCCCUACUGCUUUCAAUCCAGGAGAUAUCAGCAAUGUGGAUGAUGUGGCAGGCUUCUUUGCUGAAGCUGCAUCUUCUGAGAAGAUGAAUGACAGCAUGAUUGACCAUUCUGCGCUAACAUCUAACGGAAUUUCUUUUAUGUCUAAUGCUACACAAAAUGAGGGGCAAGAUGUAAACUGUGAAAGCUUUGAUAUGCAUGAAUCCUCUGUAGUAAGCCCUCCAGUCACUUCUGAAGCAAUAAACACUGACACUCCUGUCACUCAAAAGCGUCUGCGCAAGCCUACACGAAGGUAUAUUGAUGAAUCCUCAGAUCUUAAUGCUAAACGUCUUAAGAAAAGAGUAGAGGUUUCUACUAAUGCACCAGAAUCAAAGAAUAAGCUUCUCAAAGUCAGAUGUCAGAAGAAACCUCGUGCAGAAUCUAUGGAAAUGGUAUUGUUUUCUGAAGAGUCUUCUUAUAAAGCUAUUCAAGUGCCUUUUGCCUCUCUUGUGAAUGAAGAAUGUGAUGAUUGGGAUGCAUCUAAUGCGACACAGGUUUUCAAACCUCACAAGGAGGAGCCUCAUAAGGAGGCUACUACAGUUGUGAAUUAUGAAGAUGAUGUUGUUGCACCAAAGAAGUUGGAUCAAGAUGGUGUGCGGAGGAAACAUCACAGGCUCUGGACUGUUUCAGAGGUCAGAAAGUUGAUUGAUGGAGUUGCCCAAUAUGGAGUUGGAAGAUGGAGUCAUAUAAAGAAGCUUUAUUUCUCAUCAUCUGUUCAUAGAACACCUGUGGAUCUCAAGGAUAAAUGGAGGAAUCUUCUUAAAGCAACUUACCUACAGAAACAAAGCAAAACAACGGAAAAGGGUAAACAUAACCUGUCUUGGCGACCUUUGCCAAAGUCUGUCCUGCAUCGAGUCAGUGAACUGGCCAACAUGCAUCCAUAUCCAAGAAACCGGAGGUGCAAGAGUUCCCGUUCUCCAUGUGCCUCAUCUUCUCCUGAACAUUCUAACAGUACUAACAUCCCGUGACGACCCCAACUGUCCAUCCGGAGAUUCGUUGAGAUUUCUUUUGUGAAAUUCCUCUCCUAUGCAUAGUUACAGGAGUAACAUCUGGUGAUAACCCGAUUUUACGUUCAAAUAUUGGUUUUGAGCUCUCUUAUACCAACUCGCUGCAUAGUUUGUGUAUAGAGCAGCUUCAUUUCAAGUGAAAAAAGGUUCUGUAUAAUUUUCAUUACCUCUAGAAAUGCAAUUGUCACAUCUGUAAACUUUUUUUGUAUUUCCAAUUGAUACAAGUGACU